AUGCUUCAAAAGUACUGGUUAUUACAAACAAUGGGUAAUGGCGCUCAGUUAACGUCAAUGCGAACAGCGACCGAUUCAAGAUUAUCUGCCUUGCUCGGUCCAUCCACUCUUAUAUCACCAGCAUAUGUAUCACCACAAUUUGAAGAAACGAGUUUUGUUAAAUCGGAUGCAUGGUCAUCAUAUGAUAGCGGUGAACGUGAUCUGAAAAAUCCAGCGAAAAGUCUAGUGGAAAAACCGAUAAAACGGCGGCGAUGUGUUUCGACUUCACCGAAUACAAAAGCAUGUUGCGUCGGUUUUCUUACUGGGCUAUUAUUUGUUUGUGUUAUAUUAGCCAUUAUAUUAGGAAUAUGGUUAAAACGACCAGGUACAACAACAUCACUCACAACUUCAAUAUCCACAACUGGUAGUAGUACAAGCAUGAUCUCAGCUAUAAGCAUGACCUCAACUACAAGCACGACCUCAACUACACCUUCGACCUCAACUACAAGCACAACUUCGUCAAGUAUGAAUGAAAGCACUUUUGGCAACGUUCUUGAAAAUUUUGAGAAGAAAUGGAGAUAUAGCCUUCUGAAUGGACUGACUUACUUUAACUAUAAAAUAACUGAGUAUAUGUUUGCCUGAUCACGUUCGAGAGAAAACAACGUAAGAAAAGCAUGCUUUUGCUUCACUUGUGAGGUAAAAGAGUUUUAUGUGCGGCAGAGUUGCAAGAAUACGAGCAUCUUUAUGGCUCCUUUGUUAGUAAUAAUUAGAAUUGAAUGUUUGUAUAGGUCACAUAGUGUGACGAUAUGAAUUACAUCUAUUUCCCACACAUCUCUUUUACUAAUUUAUUUUCUAUACAAACGAAUAUUUAGCUUUUAAAACAUAACUCACUGUUAGAUAGCUCUUGAAAGCCUCUGUCGAUUGUGCAUAAACAUGAGUUUUCUAAUGCUCAUUCUGUCGGUUAAGCGGCAUUUUGUGCAAAGCCAUAUUUUGAGUAUAGAGACGUUUUCUUUCUUGCUUACGUACUCCUUUUCAAAAAAAUAUCCUAGAAAUGUCACAUGCGGCCAAUCCGAGUUCAUUUUUUCAGUAGUUUGUAGAAAACGGAUUUCUCUUUCUUCCUGGAGUUCAAAUAGCAAGUGAUAAAGCGAUUCAGUUGGACGAAAAAUCUGAACACUGUCCGUGACAGUGUUCAGAAAAAUAAAAUAAGAAGAAUAAAUAAAAACCGUCUUCGUGAGUCACGAAGACGGUUUUUAUUGUAGUAGCUUAGGCAGGCUAUUGUUAUUAGACACAAGUAGAUUGUGAUCAAACGCUUACAAAUACAGUCGACGUCAAAAGUAUUUCGCCAAUUUAUUGUUCUGAGUCGUGUAUUAAAACUACACAACAUUAAUUUCGUUUCAUUAUAUGCCUGUGUAGUAGAGGUUAAGUACUAUAUAUGAGAGAAACGUAACUUUCUGGUACAAUCCACAAAAAGAAAUGAAAGUGUUCAUAAAAAAAAUUUGAAUGGUACGCUUUGUUCCCCUGUCUUUGCCGAGUAUCCUAUAAAAAUUUCCCAACUGCCAGACUCAUACUGGCUGAGUUAGGAGGGGGACAAUUUUCAGUUUUUGCCACAGAGAAUUUUUGGCAGGAUUUUGCUAGAAAAAGGGUUGAAAUAGAUGUAUUCUACAUCGUUCGACAGAGAAUGAUUCGAGCAGUACAGUGGGACUGUGAGCAAAUGCGUCAAGCCGAAAAACCGCAG